AAUGAACAUGAAAGGAAUGGCGGUUUCCGGUCGAUGAAGUUUUCGGCUUUUUAAUGUAGUAAUCCAUUGUGCUGUCAACAGUUUUCUCAUUCUGAAAGUGUUCAAUUUUUCAAAAAAGUGUUUGGUAACUUCUUGGUUUUUCCUUAUCAUCUGGGAGAAUAAUUUUAGUCUAUAUUUUACUUUAACGGUGAUAAAAUGCCCUCAGCGGCUAGUGUCAAGAUUGACAAGCAAAUUAGUCCAGAAAAUGCUCUGGCAGAUUCUACUCAAAAUUUGACUCCUGUUAGGCAAGCUAUAACUGUAAUAGAACAUAAAAUUAGGAAUUUGGAAAAACGAAAGUCAAAAUUAGAAUCUUACAAGGAGUUGCAAAAUGCCGGAAAAGAACUGAACGCUGACCAAAAGACUGCAGUGGCGAAAUUUAACGAAGUGAUAAGUACAUUAGAUUUCGCAAGAGAUUUAUCUAAACAGUUCCUAAGUAUAGCGGUGGCUUCCGAAAAGGAGGCCAAGAAAUUGGCGAAAAAAGAAGCUGCCGCCAAGUACCAAGCAGAACUCGCAAGGCUAAGAGAAAUUCUAUUAGUUCAGGAUGCUCUGAACCAAAUGGGAAACGAAAAUGUACGUGAAGACUUUUUGAAUGGAAGGAAUGGGGCUGCCCAACUUUGCGAGACUGAUUUGAAACUACUUGAUGAUCUUUAUCCUGCUGUUACCCCAAAACACGAAGCUGGUAAUCCUACGGCUUUCACGAACGAAGUGCAGGCUGCCGCCGAACAUUUGUUAGCAGCCGUCGAUGGAAAACCCAAAGAGGUGUUUGGUGGAACUUACACUCAAAUCAAAGAAAUUCUAGGGAAGAUCCACGAGAGUGGAUAUUUCGAUCAGGCUCAAGUGUUUGAAACGUUUGAAGAGGCCGAACCAGUUGAGGUAGAACCUGAGCCGGUUCCCGCCGAGCCUCUCCUCAACAACCACGAGGCGCUGCCCCCACCGCCCCCGGUACCGGAAGAGUUGCAGCUCGCCUCCUCCCCUCCAACGCACGUCCUUCCGCUCGUCGAGACUCUGACGAUAGAACCGCAGCGGCCAACAAUGCUCGAGCAGCCGCCCAUCGAGCCGCAGCAGCAGACUCCCAUGGAAGCCUCUCUGCCGCCUCCGCCCGAUCCGAUUUACUACCAACCCAUGCCCCAGCAGCCGCCCCAACCGCAAGUGCAGCCGCCCAGGCCCAUCACCGAGAUGCUCGGAGCUGGAAACUUUUUCUUCUUGCAGGUGAGAACAAUUAAAAUGUUUAUUGAACUCAUCAAAUCUACAAAAGGAGAAUGUUUUCCAUAA